AUGGGUGGAAUCAGCCGUAGCUCCACGGAAAUCACUACGGUUGAUGGGAAAGCGGUGCUCAUCACAGGCUGUGACAAAGGUUUUGGACAUGCCUUGGCUAAGCAGCUGCAUGCAAAGGGAUUCACCGUUUUUGCUGGAUGCUUGCUAGCGGAUAAGAACGGCGAUGGAGCCAGGGAGCUGAGGAACCUGAAGUCGGAUCGCAUGAAGGUGCUGCAGGUCAAUGUGUGCAGUGACCAGGAAGUGGCUCAAGCUGUCGAUUUUGUGAAGAGGAACUUGAAGGAGCCAGAGAAAGGACUCUGGGGCCUGGUGAACAAUGCUGGUGUCUCGACCUUUGGAGAGGUGGAAUUCACGAGUUUGGACAAGUACAAGGAAGUGGCAGAGAUCAACCUGUGGGGCACUGUGAGAGUGACCAAGGCCUUCCUGCCCCUUGUUCGCAGAGCUAAAGGUCGCGUGGUGAAUAUCACAAGCAUGUUGGGGCGGAUGGUGAGUCCGUCUCGCUCCUGCUAUUGCAUUUCCAAGUUCGGGGUAGAGGCCUUCUCCGACUGCCUCCGGCAGGAGAUGUACCGCUGGGGCGUCAGAGUCAUCCUCAUCGAGCCCAGCAACUUCGUGGCAGCGACGGGCAUCCUGACAGCGGAGGGCAUCGAGGCAGAGGCGGAGGUGCUGUGGAACGGGGCCAGUGAUGUGGUGCGGGAGGACUACGGCCACGCGUACUUCGCUCGCCACGUGGCCCUCAUGAAGUCCUUCGUUACCAGCGGCCUGAAGGACAUGUCUCUGGUCUUGAACGACAUCACUGAGGCGCUCACUUCCGCGCGCCCCAACAGCCGCUACAAUCCCAUGGAGACCUACUGGUGGGUGAGGCUGCAGGCCGUGACGCACCUGCCCACGGCGCUCGCCGACUGGCUCUACGUUCCCGGCGCCACGCUGUGA